GCACCCGCUCCCCUCCUGCACUGCACCCACAUUCAACCCCAUCGCAACCGCACCCCGCUGCAGCGGCGCAACCAACCCAUCAACUUUGUUCCCACUUUGUCCCUCCCAUCUGCACUGCCUGGGGGAAGUUCCCCUCCACGACGCCCGGAAAGCGGCAUCCACCCCACCUGUGCACACCUACUUUGCUCAUGUCUCAGGCAACUACCUCUCGCUUCCUCCUCCGCUCCAGCCCGCCGUGCUGAACUCUCAUAUCCUCUCGUAUUCCGCCUCGGUCACACCACGUGAUGCGGGUGUUUCCACUUCCGAAUCCGGUAGUGUCCUGGAUUUUGUCACGCAGUCACUCAGCGUGGCGGCCGUGGCCCCGUUGCUGGACGACUCUGCGACCCAUCCCGUGAACCCGCGGCGCAUGGUAGCUUGGGAUUUGCGUCUUAUGUCAGGUCCGAGUGUCGUGGCUGCCUCGACUAGUUCUGCGGCUCUUCCGGGAGCAGUGCCGAGGUCCGCAUCACACCAUGGACAACUCGAUUCUGCCGUGCUCGCUUAGACCGAGCUCAUCUGGACUGGACUCCGUCACCAGACCAGCCUCAUCCACGGCAGCACUCUCUGCCUCGCCAUUCCGCUGCCUGGGUUCGCGACUCUGAUCAAUUUCCUCGCGUGCAUCUCUUUUGGGUCAUGGCAUCCUCGCGUCGGUCGCUGCAGUCGUUACCUCCGUGCCCGUGGAGGUUUUUGUUCAAGUUUAAGAUUCUAGAUUGGAGAUGUUAAGAAUGGGAAGAACUGGAAUUCGGACGCUGUGGAGGGCGCUUGCGCACCAGCUCAUAUACAGUAGGAACUCCUGGGUAUUCUCGCGGCAACGUUUUCUGGCAUGCUCGUCGUGUGUGCCGACACAUGAAGGAAUAGAGACGUUGCGGAUGCUCACCACCUCGUUUAGCGGAAGGUGUCCGAAAGGGCGAUGUGUUGUGUUUGCCGACAUUAAGGACACACAGAAAGCAAACGCUGUCCUCAACAGAUUAAGCAAGGCAGGACAAUUUAAUGAGGCAAUGCAAGUGCUUGAAAGAGUGGAUUCUUCUCACAUCCAGAUUUAUCGGCAGACUUAUUCCGCUCUGUUGCAGUUGUGUAUCAAAUUUAAAAAUUUAGGAGAUGGCGAACGGAUUUACAAUCACAUCAAGAAAUCAGGUGUUCAACCUGACAUAUUCAUGUGGAACACGUUGAUUAACAUGUAUGCAAAGUGCGGAAAUACGAUCUCAGCCAAGCAGAUUUUUGAUGAUAUGCGGGAGAAGGAUGUAUACUCGUGGAAUUUACUGCUGGGCGGGUAUGUCCAGCAUGGUCUGUACGAGGAGGCUUUCAAACUACAUGAGCAGAUGGUACAGGAUAGCGUGAAACCUGACAAACGCACGUUCGUAAGCAUGCUUAAUGCCUGUGCAGACGCAAGAAACGUCGAUAAAGGCAGAGAGUUAUAUAACCUGAUUUUGAAAGCUGGUUGGGACACAGACCUUUUUGUAGGCACUGCAUUGAUAAACAUGCAUAUUAAGUGUGGGGAUAUAGGGGAUGCUACAAAAGUGUUCGACAAUCUGCCAACGCGAGAUUUGGUCACUUGGACAUCGAUGAUAACUGGUUUGGCUCGACAUGGCCGGUUUAAGCAAGCUUGUAACCUUUUCCAGCGCAUGGAAGAAGAGGGUGUGCAGCCAGACAAAGUGGCUUUUGUGAGUCUACUUAGAGCGUGCAAUCACCCGGAAGCUCUUGAACAAGGAAAGAAAGUUCAUGCUCGCAUGAAAGAAGUCGGGUGGGACACAGAAAUCUACGUAGGCACCGCCAUACUAAGCAUGUAUACAAAGUGUGGGAGUAUGGAGGAUGCUCUUGAAGUCUUUGACCUCGUGAAGGGACGUAAUGUCGUAUCAUGGACAGCAAUGAUAGCGGGAUUCGCACAACAUGGCCGCAUAGACGAAGCUUUUCUGUUCUUUAAUAAGAUGAUUGAAUCGGGGAUUGAGCCUAACAGGGUAACGUUCAUGAGUAUUCUCGGUGCUUGUUCUAGUCCAUCAGCACUGAAACGAGGUCAACAAAUUCAGGACCAUAUCAUUGAAGCUGGUUAUGGUUCAGACGAUCGAGUGAGGACUGCACUUUUAAGCAUGUACGCCAAGUGCGGGAGCUUGAAGGAUGCUCAUCGUGUGUUUGAGAAGAUUUCUAAGCAAAAUGUGGUCGCUUGGAAUGCCAUGAUCACUGCGUAUGUCCAACACGAGCAGUAUGAUAAUGCUUUGGCCACUUUUCAAGCCUUACUGAAGGAAGGUAUCAAGCCAAACAGUAGUACAUUUACCUCUAUCCUUAAUGUUUGUAAGAGUUCGGAUUCCUUGGAACUUGGCAAAUGGGUUCAUUUUCUAAUUAUGAAAGCUGGUUUGGAGUCUGACCUUCACGUCAGCAAUGCUCUUGUAAGUAUGUUUGUCAACUGUGGAGACCUAAUGUCUGCUAAGAAUCUGUUCAACGAUAUGCCCAAACGAGAUUUAGUUUCGUGGAACACCAUAAUCGCAGGUUUUGUUCAACAUGGAAAAAACCAAGUUGCUUUUGAUUACUUCAAGAUGAUGCAGGAGUCGGGCAUUAAACCAGACAAGAUUACAUUCACAGGGUUGUUGAAUGCUUGUGCAAGCCCAGAAGCACUAACAGAAGGAAGAAGACUUCACGCUUUGAUCACUGAAGCAGCAUUUGAUUGUGACGUACUCGUUGGAACUGGACUGAUAAGCAUGUACACUAAGUGUGGAAGCAUCGAAGAUGCACACCAGGUUUUCCAUAAGUUACCAAAGAAGAAUGUCUACUCGUGGACGUCCAUGAUAACAGGCUAUGCUCAGCAUGGGCGCGGGAAGGAGGCUCUAGAGCUGUUUUACCAAAUGCAACAGGAAGGAGUGAAACCAGACUGGAUAACAUUUGUUGGAGCUUUAUCAGCAUGCGCUCAUGCAGGCCUUAUAGAAGAAGGCCUACAUCAUUUCCAGUCCAUGAAGGAAUUCAAUAUUGAGCCACGCAUGGAACAUUACGGUUGUAUGGUUGAUCUUUUUGGCCGUGCUGGAUUACUCAAUGAAGCAGUAGAAUUUAUCAUUAAAAUGCAGGUUGAGCCAGAUUCUCGUGUGUGGGGUGCUUUGCUUGGUGCUUGCCAAGUACAUCUUAACGUGGAGCUGGCUGAGAAGGCUGCUCAAAAGAAACUUGAGCUAGAUCCAAAUGACAACGGGGUUUUUGUAAUCCUUUCCAACAUCUAUGCGGCCGCUGGUAUGUGGAAAGAAGUUGCCAAAAUGAGGAAGGUUAUGCUUGACCGAGGGGUGGUGAAGAAGCCAGGACAAAGCUGGAUAGAAGUGGAUGGUAAAGUUCAUACGUUCUAUUCCGAUGACAAGACCCAUCCGCAGACAGAGGAGAUCCAUGCAGAGCUCGAGAGGCUGCAUAUGGAGAUGAGACAGUUGGGCUAUGUUCCAGACACGCGGUAUGUGUUGCAUGAUGUAGAGGACAAUGAAAAGGAACAAGCACUUUUCUAUCAUAGUGAGAGGCUUGCAAUUACAUAUGGUUUAUUAAAAACACCCCCACUGACUCCUAUCGUUAUCUCAAAAAACCUUCGGGUCUGUGGUGACUGCCAUACUGCCACGAAGUUCAUAUCUAAGAUUACAAAACGUCAGAUUAUUGCUCGGGAUUCUAAUAGAUUUCACCACUUCAAGGAUGGCGUUUGUUCUUGUGGAGACUUUUGGUGAUUGCUGUAUAGCCACUUUUAGCAAUUCAGACUAAAGUAUUGAAACACAGCAGCAGGUAGUAGUAGCAGUAGUUAUUUCGUCAGAUCUGAAGCUGUGGGCUCUACAGGUUCUAAUGACCAGGUCUAAAUAUUUCCCUCUUCAGCCAUCAAACUUCUCGCCAUUUCUGACAGAUUGAAUCUAUUGAAUUCCUGAAUUUGCUGCCCCUUGUGCCGAGAUGGGGCUGUUUCAUAACUCCAA